AGGAUGAGAUGGAGCGAGACGGACAACAAUCUGCAGGGAUCGGGAUGAGAUGCGGGAGACUAGGGUUAGGGUUUGGGUUGAUGACAAGCCCUCGAUCACGCGAGUCAUGUGAAGAACACUUCCACCAAGUCAAUUGCCCACGUCAAUCAUGCCGACAUCAAACCCACCACAGCGAGAGUCGUUCAAAUCCUCGUCAAGUUCAUGACAUAAGCAUAUCGCAUGGGCAAGGCUUGCAGGAAGCACUCACUGCAUGUCUCUCAGUCUGGUACAGCAAAGACUCGCCCGUUGAAUUGUGGCAUGACUGUUCAACAGUCGACAGCACCGUCAUGUCAAGCCCCCCUCCGCCGUUCCAUAUCUCAAGCCAGGCCUUUCGAAGCUGGAAAGGGGAGUUCAUCCGGUGGCGGCCUCCUCCAAGCUCAAAUGGUGGAGAUAUGUUGAAGCUUGUCGAGAGCUUCAUUCCUGCUGCCAAGAACAAUGAUAAGCUCUCCAUGCUAAUUAUGUAACGGGAGGUGGAUGAUGAUCCAUGAUAUGCUGGUUUUGUCGCAAUACGAGGUCUGUGUAUCAAUGUGGCUGGCUGUGCAGGUCAAGCCUCGCCGUGGCGUUUGACGUCUUCGCUCGUUCAUGAACCACUCUCCUUUCUCUCGGACCGGCGUUGCCACUGGUGGUUGAUUCUGUAGAGCGAAGACCGGCUGUUUCGGAUUGCUCACGUUCAAGAUGUGUUCUGGAAAAAUCUCCAGCUGCACACCCGGUGCGCAAACAACCUCGUCCAGCCAAAACACCACAACGUCUUGAUG